UAUCUUCUGUCUAUGCCGGGCGGCUGUGUGUCCGUUUGCCUGGGUGCAGUGCUGCAUGCGUUACGUGGCGUGAGUCUCCUUAGAGGAUCACGUUGCUGAGAUACAGUGCUGAGAGACAGAGGAUGCAGCUGGGAGCAUGAGUCCUGACGGAGAGGAGCAUGACAUGUUCUGUCAGAAAGCUGUGACCCUGAUUGUUGACCUCUGCCUCCAGAACCACCAGUUAUUGGACCAGGACACCUGCCAGGACUUCUUGUUUCUGUUGUCCAACCAGAACUCGGACUACAAGGACCCAGAUGUCACUUUUGGCCUCCUACUCAGCGUGUUUGUGGUGUGUGGCUUGGUCCUGUUGACUCUUUGUGCCUUCGCCUCCUGGAAGCUGUGCUGGGUGCCUUACUGGCAGAACAAGGCGGCAGCAGCCCUUUCCUCCAGCUCUGCAGCCCUGACCCCGGCCUGCGGUCCCCCAGACGACCGCCCCCCCUUCCACCUCCACAUCUACCCUCCUCAGCCCCAGCACCAGUUCCUCCCAAGCCCCAACCAGCAGAAGUCACCGGUCACCAUGGCAACGGAGAAAGUGAAGGACCCGAUGGGUUCCGUGGGUUUCCUGGAGGCUGCUGUGAAGAUAAGCCACACGUCACCAGAUAUCCCAGCGGAGGUGCAGCUGUCAAUGAGGGAACACUUUAUGAGGCGUACUCAACGCAUGCAGCGGCAGGCCACUGAGCCUGCUUCCUCCUCCAGACACAGCUCGUUCAAAAGGCACCUGCCCAGACAGAUGCAGUCGAUCAGCCUGGACCUUGGCAAUGACUAUUUUGACGAGGACGAGCAGCCCACCAGCAUCGGGCGCAUCAAACCCGAGCUCUACAGACAGAAGACCCUGGACACUGACGAGUCCGCCAAGAACAGCAACGCCAAGAACUGUGGGAAGAUCAACUUCUCACUGAAGUACGAUUAUGAAAAUGAGGCCCUCCUGGUCAACAUCCUCAAAGCCUUCGACCUGCCCGCCAAGGACCUGUGCGGCAGCUCCGACCCCUACGUCAAAAUCUAUCUUCUCCCUGAUCGCAAGAAGUUCCAGACGCGCGUCCACCGGAAGACGCUCAACCCCACGUUCGACGAGUCCUUCCAGUUCCCCGUGCCUUAUGAUGAGCUGGCUGUUAGGAAGCUCCACAUGAGCGUGUUUGACUUUGACAGGUUCUCCAGACAUGAUAUGAUCGGGGAGGUGGUGGUGGAUAACCUCGUUGAGACGUCAGACCUCUCCAGGGAGACGGACAUUUGGAGGGACAUUCAGUACACCACAACUGAGAGUGUGGACCUGGGAGAGAUCAUGUUCUCACUAUGCUACCUGCCCACUGCUGGACGACUCACCCUCACGGUCAUCAAGUGCAGGAACCUCAAGGCCAUGGAUAUCACGGGAUACUCGGAUCCCUACGUCAAAGUGUCUCUCGUCUGUGACGGGAGGCGUUUGAAAAAGAAGAAGACAACCAUCAAGAAGAACACUCUGAACCCCACGUACAACGAGGCCAUCAUCUUCGACAUCCCCCCAGACAGCAUGGACCACGUCAGCCUGCACAUCUCAGUCAUGGACUAUGACUUGGUUGGUCACAAUGAAAUCAUUGGUGUGAACCGUGUGGGGUGCAGUGCUGAGGGGCUUGGCAAGGGCCACUGGAACGAGAUGCUGGCGUACCCACGCAAGCCCAUUGCACACUGGCACCCCCUACUGGAGGCCAAGAAAUCAGAGAAAGAGUGGAAAACGCGGACGGCCAGUUUUGACAGCCAGGGCUCCUGCCCCUCCCCCAGGCGUCCUGCUAGCCCCUGAGCAGAACCACAUGUGACCCUAGCGGAACGGCCCAGGUUUGGUUUGGGCCUCUUCUAUCUCUCCUACUGAUCUUACUUCCUGUCUGUUCUGUCCGCCUGAGCCUAAGGAGAAACAUAACCCCACUGAGUCUCUCUCUCAGUCUUCACUUUCCCUCAAGUGUAGCCACAGACUGCUCCCAGUCCUAAGACCAGAUCCUGGAUCAGCAUCGUCAGUUAUUUGUGAAAGUUAUUUGUGAAAGUAAUGCUGAUCUGGAGUCAGACCUACUACUUGGGAGGCUUUGGUUUGGUUUUUAUCCUGAGCUGAUCUUCUCACGUGAGUCCCCAAAGGGGAAGAUUGUUGUCUGAGUGGAAUAGCAGACUGCCGUUUUCCAGUGUAUCUAUCUUUGGGUUGAGGCUGAUGGAAUGUGAUCACAGCGCUCUCACAGGGACUCGGCCUAAACACACUGACGUUUCUGCUCAGCACUGCAGAGCUCUUUGAUGAGAGGCCCCACAUGGAAACCACACUUUGAAUGCAGUUGAUGUUCCCCAGAGAGACAGAGAAAGAGAACUGAAGGAUAUGGGGUAAGAUAGGAACUGAAGGACAGUGGAAGGAAUUGUGGAAUGUCUAAAGCCGUCUGCCCUUCCUUUCUCCUUUUGUGCGGCAGUAACAAAAAAAAAACAUUGUGACACAGUCAAAUGUGUAGUUCUUUCACCAAACAUUAACUGUCAUAGUAACCAAGCCAAACAAGGCAACAAACUCAUUUGAAAAUAGUAGCUAUGUUGUAUAUCUUCUCGACAUAAACCAUUACAUUUUCAGGAGUAAUGAACAAGAGCUUAAAGGGGUGGUUUUAACCAGUCAAAUAGUGUCCAUCGAGUUUAUAGCGGUUCAUUGAAUCAACAAAUAUGAUCAGCACAUAAUACGAGCACAUUGUAACAAUGUUGGAGCAUAGCACCCGAGUGUCUUUCUAUGGAACAACGAAGAGUUGAAUAGCACACAGACUCCGAACCACCCUUACCUCUCGCUUUGUUUUCUCCUAGUCAGUCUUGGUUCUCUUACCUCUUCCAUCGAAGUGUAUUCUCAUUACUCCUGUUCCCAUAGUUUUCCUCUCUCAGCUGAACGUACCGCACUUCUUCAGCACCUUCUUAUCGUGUUCUGUUCUCUGGGGUUGGUUUGAAACUGUACAGCACAGUCCUCUAUCUGCUCAUGUAAAGUUUGUAUUUCCCACCAGAAUACAAAUUAGGUAUAGAACUAGUAUUGUUGUGGUUUGGGAGUUUUCCUUAUCCUGCAGCGUCCAGACCUCUUCUCCAGAAUAGGAGAAUAUGACCCUCGGUGGACCAAUAAUCAACUACUCAUUUCCUUAUUGUCUUGUCUAUCAUAAGCCAGAGGUACACCGGAGCAAUUUGUAAUGGGGUGACUUUCAAUAUGCUCUUUAUACAAGGAUUAUUUUAUUGAAUAUUGCUGAGGAGUUUGAUCUAAAUCCAAACGUAUUAUUUGCGUUAUUGAACAUUAUUCAACAAAAUCCAAUAAGUCAGCGUUUACAGUACAUGUAGGCAGUCAUGUAGCUACUUAUUCUACUGUUUUUUUUUAAUGGUUGUACUGCUGGAUAUUGGACAGAUAUACAGUACCAGUCAAAAGGUUGGACACACAUACUCAUUCAAGAGUUUUUCUUUAUAUUGACUAUUUUCUACAUUGUAGAAUAAUAGUGAAGACAUCAAAACUAUGAGAUAACACUUAUGGAAUCAUGUAGUAACCAAAAAGGUGUUAACAAAUAACUGUUUGCCUUGAUGACAGCUAUUGCACAGUCUUGACAUUCUCUCAACCAGCUUCACGAGGAAUGCUUUUCCAACAGUAUUGAGGGAGUUCCCACAUAUGGCUGCUUUUUCUUCACUCUGCAGCCCAACUCAGUCCAAACAAUCUCAAUUGGGUUGAGGUUGGUUGAUUGUGGAGGCCAGGUCAUCUGAUGCAGCACUCCAUCACUCUCCUUCAUGGUCAAAUAGUCCUUACACAACCUGAAGGUGUGUCUUGGCUCAUUGUUCUGUUGAAAAACAAAUAUAUGCGGAUAUCAUCUGUUCACCUACUCUGCGUCUCACAAAGACACGGCGGUUGGAACCAAAAAUCUCUCAAAUUUGGACUCAUCAGACCGAAGGACAGAUUUCUACCAGUCUAAUGUCCAUUGCUGGUGUUUCUUGGUCCAAGCAAGUCUCUUCUUCUUAAUGGUGUCCUUUAGUAGUGUUUUUAUUGCAGCAAAUCGACCAUGAAGGCCUGAUUCACACAGUCUCCUCUGAACAGUUGAUGUUGAAAUGUGUCUGUUACUUGAACUCUGUGAAGCAUUUUUUGGGGCUGCAAACUGAGGUGCAGUUAACUCUGAUGAAUUUAUCCUCUGCAGCAAAGGUAACUCUAGGUCUAUGGCAGUCCUCACGAGAGCUAGUUUCAUCAUAGCGCUUGAUGGUUUUUGCGACAGCACUUGAAGAAACUUCGGAUUGACUGACAUUCAUGUCUUAAAGUAAUGAUGGACGGUUGUUUCUCUUUGCUUAUUUGAGAUAUUCUUGCCAUAAUAUGGACUUAGUCUUUUACCAGAUAGGGUUAUCUUCUGUAUACCACCACUACCUUUUCACAACACAACUGAUUGGCUCAAACGCAUUAAGAAGGAAAGAAAUUCCACAAAUUAACUUUUAACAAGGCACACCUGGUAAAUGCAUUCCAGGUGACUACCUCGUGAAGCUGGUUGAGAGAAUACCAAUAGUGUGCAAAGCUAUCAUCAAGGGAAAGGGUGGAUUUGGUUACUACAUGGUUACUACAUGAUUCCAUAUGUUUUAUUUUAUAGUUUUGAUGUCUUUACUAUUAUUCUGCAAUGUAGAAAAUAGUAAAAAUAAAGAAAAACCAUAGAAUGAGUGGGUAUGUCUAAUAUUUUGGCUGUAUAAAAAGGUAAAAAAUAAUAUUGGUUUGAUUAUAAUUGUUCUUUAGUCUAUUUCUACAUUGUGGUACUAUGAGUACAAUCUAAUAAUUGAUGUCAUCUCAAUACCUAAAUGUGUAUCAAACAAACAAAAGAAAACAACCCGAUUGGUGUAUAGUUUUUUGGUGCCAAACGUGUUUGUAGCAAAGGUAAACUAUAGUUUGUUCUGUCACAAAAAUGAUUAAAGUAAUGUCAGUCAUGGAAAUUCCCAACCCACCCAUUCGUAAAAUGUCUGGAUAAAAGCGUCUGCUAAAUGGCAUAUGUUAUAUAUUAUUAAUUCAUGUUUUCUUUCCAGUGAGACUCAUUAUAUUCUGCGCUAUGUAGUAAAUGUAUUGUUUCAAUUAUUAGAGAAAAUACAGCAGGGAUUACAAAUAGUUUAUAAUAAUAACUUGUGCAACCAAACAUGGGCUACCAAUUAAUUUAUUUAUUUUCCAUCAAUUUAAUUGUCCGCAUUAUUUCCAAUCCCCAAUAUAUAUAUAUUUUUUGUAAAUAUAUAUAAAUAUAUAUAUUGAACACCAUCCAUAUAUUGUUCAACUGUGCUCUGAUGUUUCACAAAUGUUCCAAACCUUUCAAUUCUCAUAGUUUCUAUAGGUUGUAAAUUAAAGAUACCAAUUUGAUUAGAAGGGUUCUUGUUUGACUCAGUUGGGUUAUGUAAGAUGUAAUAGAAAUCAGGAAUCUUCCUGAUUGUUAUUUCAUGUUGACCAUGACUGUUUUGAUUAUUUUACUAAUUGACAAGCACAUGUUUGAAAGCACAUAGAGAAACUGGUUGGUAUAGUGGGUAUCAGGAAGUGGGUGUUGUUUACAGAAUGUAAGGAUCGGUUUUAAGAGGCACCUUCUCUAAUUUAAGCUCUUGAGUGCCCUAAACCAAAGCCUCUGCAUUAAUGUAUCCUGUCAACGCAACUUUGGCACUGUGGUUAUGUAGAGGUAGUUGUUUGAACUCUUUCUCCAUGCAUUCUGUCUACACAACUUUGGCACUGAGAUUUGGUAGUAGUAGUUGUUUUUUAACCCAGGAGGUUAUAGUGACUUAAUGAUAGUACUGGAAUGGCCAUCCAGAUGACAAUAUGGCUUCCGCCUGACUACAACUAUGCAGCAAAAGCAUGUCUGAAGAUGGUAUAAAUCAAACAGUAUGCAGAAGAAGCAUGGUAAAAGUGAACAAAUGUACUUAACACACACACAUUAUAUUACUGUUUUAGCCAUUUCCUUCCUCUAGAGAGAGCAGGCGUUUACCUCAUUUCGUCUGGGAGACAGACAAAACGGACGGACAGAGAUACAGACAGAUAGUGUGGGGGGAAACUAGCCUAGAGAUAGUCGCAGGCAUAUUUCUUGCAGUGAGUCAGUGACCUUUCUCUAAUUAGCAGUUGGUAGGUCUAUGAGACACAAUACAAUGAGUCACUUGAUGGAUUCCCUCACACCAUAAUUGUGUCUUUCUUCACAAUAGGAUUGUUCAGGUUUUCUCACAUACUAUAUUUACUGGUUACAAUCGUGAUAAGAUCCUUCCUUCCAUUACUGGUAGACUCCUCACAUCUGACUCACUCCAGUUUGUUAAAAAAAAAGUAUGGUUUUAUGUUUUCUCACAUAUAUACAGUAGGUAUACACUUGUUGAUUACAUUUCUGAUUAGAUCUAUGUCAUUUAUUUUAGACUCCUGAUAUUUGACUCCAAGUUUGUUUCUAUUUGACAAAAAUGUAUGAAAUAACUGACUGUAGUUUUGUUCUUCCUCUGUUUCAGUGGUGUUUUUAAUGAUGAUGAUGAUGAUGAUGAUCUUCUGUUCUGACAAUAUGGACUAGUGUGUUUGUAUCCAUAGUACGUGAUGAUAUCAUGUUAUAUACAUUUAGCCUCAGUUUAUGAACUGUUUUAAAGACCUUUAUCUGUUGUUAUUAUUAUUGUUGUGUUUCUCAAUAUGAUCUUGUAUCCUGCCCAUUCGUCAUGGACAGCACGGACUUUCCAAUUUUUUAUUGAAGAUUUGUACUUGUAAUAUAACUGUUUUGACAACUGUUCUUGUAAUUGAAGCCUGUUAGGGUUGAUUUAUUUCUGUUUCUGUUUAAAUCCUGAAUUGUUAAUGACUCAUAACAUGAGGUCCAAUGUGUAAUAAAUUGAACAAAAAACGAA